GCACACUCCGCCCGCAGCCGUCCGGGAGCCAGCGCGCGCCGAGAGUGGAAAAUGGCAGACAGUUUUUCGCUUAGUGAUGCUUUAUCUGGGCCUGGAAAGCCAAACCCUCAAGGAUGGCCUGGCUCAUGGGGGAACCCGCCUCCUGGGGCAGGGGGCUACCCAGGUGCCUCCUAUCCUGGGGCCUACCCUGGGCAGGCACCCCCAGGGACCUAUCCUGGGCAGGCACCUCCAGGGGCUUAUCCUGGGCAGGGGCCUCCUGGUGCCUACCCUGGCCCUACAGCACCUGGAGCUUAUCCCGGACCACCUGCACCUGGAGGCUACCCGGGGCAACCAGGCGGGCCUGGGGCCUACCCACCUCCUGGACAGCCCAGUGCUCCCGGAGCCUACCCUGCUGCCGGCCCCUAUGGCACCCCUGCUGGACCACUGACUGUGCCUUAUGAACUGCAUUUGCCUGGAGGAGUCAUGCCUCGCAUGCUGAUAACAAUUCUGGGCACAGUGAAGCCCAAUGCAAACAGAAUUGCCUUAGAUUUCAAGAGAGGAAAUGAUGUUGCCUUCCACUUCAACCCACGCUUCAAUGAGAACAACAGGAGAGUCAUUGUUUGCAAUACGAAGCUGGAUAAUAACUGGGGAAGGGAAGAAAGACAGAUGGUUUUCCCAUUUGAAAGUGGUAAACCAUUCAAAAUACAAGUACUGGUUGAACCUGACCACUUCAAGGUUGCAGUCAAUGAUGCUCACUUGUUGCAGUACAAUCAUCGGAUGAAACAUCUCCAUGAGAUCAAAAAACUGGGCAUCUCUGGUGACAUAAACCUCACCAGUGCUUCACAUGCUAUGAUAUAAUCUGAAAUGGGCAGCAACUUUUUUUAAAAAACAAAAUUGAAUCUAAACCUUAUACACAUAAAAGCUUCAUGUUCACUAUGAGAGAAAAAUUUUACAUUUAUUCAUCAAUAUUCUAUAGUCAUCCAUUUAAUAAAUAUUCUUAAGCUAAGAGCUACCUGUCU